AUGCAUGAUGGUACUCAACUUACUCUGGCAUUCAUACGACAAAAGUACUGGAUCAUUGGCGGUAGACAACCAGUACGCUCAAUUAUACUCAAAUGUAUAAAAUGCGCACGAUAUCGUGCUGAUAGAGCUCAACAACUCAUGGGUCAGCUACCAGUAUCACAAGUCACUCUAUCACCUGCAUUUACUCACACUGGAGUUGACUAUGCCGGUCCAAUAACACUCAAAAAUUGGAGACGCAGAGGAGCAAAAACAUACAAAGGCUGGAUUGGUGUUUUUGUCUGCCUUUCUACGUCAGCAGUACAUCUAGAGGUAGUCAGCGACUACAGCUCUAGUGGGUUCAUCGCAGCACUCCGCAGAUUUAUCAGCCGACGAGGCAUCUGCACAGCACUCUACAGCGAUUGUGGAACGACGUUCAAAGGCGCUGAAACUGAUCUCAACCGUCUGUUCACUCAAGGAACUCAAGAGUCAAGAGAAAUACUGGAUCACAUCACUGUGAACAGUAUUGCCUGGCAUUUCAAUCCACCAGCAGCUCCACACAUGGGUGAAAAGUGGGAAGCUGCUGUCAAAUCACUCAAACAUCAUCUUACUCGAUCAGUGGGAGAGUCUUCAUUUACGUUUGAAGAAUUUACGACUCUUCUUACGCAAAUUGAAGCUAUAUUGAAUUCAAGACCAUUGGAGCCACUCACGGAAGAUCCAGAUGACAUGGAUGCACUCACUCCUGGUCACUUCUUAAUUGGACGAGAACUCAAUAUGAUUCCUGAACCAGCACUCAUCGAUACAAAUAGUUCUCGAUUGUCUAGAUGGCAAUUUCUACAACAACGUAUUCAACAGUUCUGGAAUCAUUGGUCUAUAAGUUAUCUUCAAAGACAACUGGCAAUCACCAAGUGGCAACGUCCAACUCAUCAAAUUCAAGUUGGGUCACUUGUAUUACUAACCGACGAAAGGUUUCCACCAACCAGGUGGCCUCUCGCUCGUAUCAUCGCACUCCACCCUGGCAAAGAUGGAUUGACCAGGGUAGCUACGCUCAAAACAGUGAACUCAACACUUACUCGUCCAGUCACGAAGCUUGCACCCCUCCCAAUUGAACCAGAACCUCAAGAAGAUGACGAAUAA